AAAAUAAAAAAAUUUAAAAAGAAAAAGGAAAACAAAAAACAUAUGGGAAAAGUCGGCGCUUUGACCUUUCAAUAAUGAUUCACAAAACAAUUCCCUCAACUCACCAACGAACGACGUUCGCCUCCCUCCGACUCCCACUCCUACUCCCACACAUUCUCCCUUUACAACCCAACCUACGAAAUCGGACUAUUUUCCCGAGAAAGUUUCUCUAAUAAAGAACAUCUCUCCUUCCAUUUAGCCUCCUUUGGCUGGCGAUGAUUUUAGGGUUUUGCUUUCUAGACAGCUAUGCUUUUUCUUCUCCUUGAUUUCAAUCCUAAUUGUGGUCUGAUUGAGUUGCUGCUUAGUUAGGGUUUUGGAUUUUGGAUUUUGGAUACUGAUUCAAUUCAUGGCUGAAGCUCCGAGGGGUCGGGUUACUAUUACUCUGGGGAGAAGUGGUCAAGUAGUAAAGAGGGAAGCGUCUGGCGAAGAUAUUCCUUUCGGCGUUUCUAUGCCUGCAGCAGGAACAAAGCGGUCUGUAAGAGAUAGGUUAGGAAGUAGCAUUGGAGAUGGUUACUUUGGAAAUGGAAACUUAUACAAUGGUAGCAUUAAACGCCAACGAAGGGAUAUUGGUACAUCGAGUUUUAGAGCUAAUGGUUUUGGUUUGAAUGAUGCGCACAUUGGUAAGGAUGACCUUCGAUUAAAACUGAUGCGGAAAAAUGCAUCUAGACGAGCACACAGUAACGAUGACCAGAAGGUUGUAGACCUGCGUGACAAGCUGACAAAGGCAGUUAGGCCUCCAAUGUCUUCCCUUGAUUCACGACAGCACAUACCUCAACCAAAAGAGAAUACUGUCUUUGGUCGAAUUCCUUCUACAAGAAGUGCUGAUGAUUUGCAUAAGAUGGAAUCUCCUAGAAAUUCAUAUUCUUCUUGGGCAGUGGAUCAAGUAAGACGAAGAUCACCGGAUAGGAUUCUGGGUACAUCUAGGGGUCUCUCUCCUCAAAGAAAUGUGGAAGAAAUUCGGAGGAGGCCAUUAAGCAGGGCAUUGGACGAUGGCAGAUCAAUUGCAUAUACGAGUAAAAGUGUUAUUGAUACCACCAGGCCUAUGGGUACUGUAACUUUCACAACAAACUCUGCAUUGCCUCCUGGAUCUGUAAAACAUGUAGCCCCACAUUUGAGCCAACUUCCCCCUUCGAGUGGCAUGGUAUCAAAAAGUUCAUAUAUGGUUGAAGAACAACAAACUGUUGAUGGCUUGCUUCAUGUAUUAGGACUUGGAAAGUAUGCUAUCCUUUUUAAGGCCGAGGAAGUUGAUAUGACUGCGUUGAAGCAUAUGUCAGAAAACGACUUGAAAGAGCUGGGAAUACCCAUGGGUCCUAGGAAAAAGAUUAUUCUUUCUCUAAUGCCUCGCACCAAACGGCAGCCGUGAUGUUAUUCUUUAGAAGGGAUAUAAUUGAAUUCUCUGGGCAUUGUUCUGUACUAGGAUCUCAAACUUCCAAAUCUUCUUCAGGAGGUGAAUGCUGUGUAUUAAACUCCCAUUUUGGAUCAUGAAAUGGCCUUUCUCUCUCUUAAUUACAUUUUUGCACGCAGUAGUAUAUUUUUUUUUCCUGAUAAUUGCUAGUAGGAAAUGCGAAGAAAAUUUUGAAAUCUAGAUUUAUACCUUGUUUUAAACUGAAUAUUGUUGAAUGGCAGAUAUUCUUAACUUGAUUCCAAAA